AUGCGCAGUGCACUUUUUCUUUCUCUUCUGCCCCUGGCUUUGGGCUGUGACAAUCCUGCCAACGAUGCCUGCGCCGCUGCGUAUACUGCGUCUAGGUCUGCUGCCGAUGCUUUCUGUGCCACUUUCACCACUGGCACAGUAACAGCUACCACAGACUUGCCUUCCUUUGCUUCGGCUUGUGAUAACAACAUAAAGCACCUCUCUAGUGCGUGUAGCUGUAUCGAUACAGCAUGGGCGACCGCUGCUGCUGGUGAGGCUUCUUCCAAUGAGCCUGCUACUACCAGCGAAGUUGCUACUAGUGUUUCUUUUGCGACCAGCGAAGUGAUUCCUACUUCUUCUGCUGCAGUCACUAAGCCCACGACCCUCGUCAAGGUCACCCGGUCUGCCCAGGCGUCUGUCACUGCUGCACCUGUCGUCGCUGACUCUCAGGCUUCUGGAACCGGUACCACCUGUGUUGUGACUGCUUAUGCCUCAAUCUCAUCCGCUGUCGAGUCUUGUACCAACAUCGUGCUUUCCAAUAUCUCUGCUCCUCCUUCCAGCACGAUCGACUUGCAGAGCCUUCAGACUGGUGCCACUGUUACCUUUGCGGGUACUACUACUUUUGGCGACACCUUCGAUGAGGACUUUGACCCGAUUGUCAUCUCCGGACAUGACAUUACCAUUACUGGUGCUUCUGGUCAUGUCAUCGAGGGUAAUGGCGAGGCUUAUUGGGACGGUGAGGGAUCGAACGGUGGACAGGACAAGCCCGACCAUUUCAUCGUCCUCAAGAAGCUCUACAACUCCCAAGUUACCAACCUCAAUAUCAAGAACUGGCCUGUCCACUGCUUCUACAUCAGCGGCGUGCAGCAUCUGACUGUUUCCGGCCUCACUCUUGAUAACUCCGAUGGCGAUGAGCCCAACUCUGCCAGUGGUGAUGAUCCAGCUGCCCACAACUCCGAUGGCUUCGACAUCUCUGGUAGUGACUACGUCACCCUGGAGAACAUCGUUGUCUACAACCAAGAUGACUGCGUUGCGGUCACCAGUGGCACCCAGAUUGUGAUUGACAACAUCUAUUGCUCUGGUGGCCACGGUCUGAGCAUUGGCUCGAUUGGAGGAAAGAGCAACAACACCGUCGACACAGUCACUUUCAAGAACUCCCAAAUCGUUGACAGCGAGAAUGGCUGCCGCAUCAAGAGUAACUCUGACACUACUGGUAGUGUCAGCAACAUCACUUACCAAAACAUCACCAUGUCUGGUAUCUCGGACUACGGUAUCGACAUCCAGCAGGAUUACCUCAACGGUGGUCCGACUGGCGAGCCCACUAACGGAGUCAGUAUCAGUGAUGUCACCUUCAUUGAUGUGACCGGUACUUGCACCGACGAUGCUUACAACUACUACAUUCUCUGUGGUGACGACAGCUGCUCCGGGUUCACCUUCACCGACGUUUCCAUCACCGGUGGUGGUGAGACAAGCAGCUGCAACUACCCUUCCAGCGGCUGCCCUUCCUAG